AUGAGAAGGAAGAGAGUGAAGAAUUGGAACAAGGAGGAACUGAUUCUCCUUGGAGUUCUGGAGAAGUGGGAGAAAGAAGAAAAUGAGAAGAAUCGUGGGAUCUAUGAGAAACUGGAUUCGUACUCAAAGUGUGCACAAAAGCACGCAGACAAUGAAAUUGGGGUAGCUGUGGCUCAAAGGAAUGAGGUAGAUGGAGCAGUGGAUUCUUAUAAUGUUGGAAUGAAGAGGAGUUUGGUAGAAGCGAUGACAUUGAAGUGA